CCACAGGCACGUCUGUCAAUCUAGUUAAACCUCUAUUUCCGGGUCUGAAAGUUGUUGCAAAACAGCCUCCAUUGACUUCACGGGCAAGAGGACAGUCGUCAGCUACUGCACAUGCUAUAGAAAGCAUCCCUUCAAUAAGAUGCUAGCUGAGGUGUUUCAGGUGCUGCGGGGAGCAGGGAAGGUUGGCCAAGCGUUUGCCAACACCCAGGGGGAGAUGCUGAGGCUAAUGGGCUGUAACUCCACGCUGGGCACUGGGGUCAAAGCUUCCCAGGAGGUGGUCGAGGGCGUGAUUGGCACAGUCAUGGGUGGUUCUGCCAUGCAACAGUCUAUCAAGGAUGAUGUGUUCCCUGAUGCUGAGGGAUGGGAGGAAAUGGACCCGGAUGAGGCUGCUAAAUGGGCUGUGGGCUCUGAAUUCCCCCCAGGCCCAGGGGCCACAGAGAUGCCCAGCGGAGUUCCUACCAGCACAGCCCGGGGUCCAGGGGGAGCAGGCUUGCCCGGCCAAAGUGCCCGGUUCCUGCACAUCGCCUCGACGCAACACCACACCAGGUUUGUCCAUGACUCGGUAGUGGCCAGACUCACCCCAGAGGACAUCAAGAAGGCCAGGGAGUCCAAGCAGGCACUCUCCAAGCCUAUUGUUAAGCAGAAGCUUAGUGAUCGUGCAAGAGAGAGGAAGGUCCCUGCCACGAGAAUCAGCAGGCUGGUCAACUUCGGGGGUCUGGCAGUUGGGCUGGGACUAGGUGCCAUUGCAGAGGUGGCGAAGCAGUCUAUGGGAGCCAAGCGUGCAGAGGGUGCCCUGUUGGACUCUCCUCUCCUGUCCGAGGCCAAUGCCGAGAGGAUAGUGGACACCUUGUGCAAAGUCAGAGGGGCAGCCCUCAAAAUAGGACAGAUGCUCAGUAUACAAGAUAACUCCUUCAUAAACCCCCAGCUACAGAAGAUCUUUGAGCGAGUCCGACAGAGCGCGGACUUCAUGCCCGCCUGGCAGAUGAAUAAAGUUCUGGAGGAGGAGCUAGGUGCGGGCUGGAGGGAGAAGCUGUCGUCGUUUGCCGAAAAGCCCUUCGCCGCCGCCUCCAUUGGCCAGGUGCAUCACGGAAUGCUGCAGGACGGCAGGGAGGUCGCCAUGAAGAUCCAGUACCCAGGAGUAGUUGAGAGCAUCCACAGUGACAUCAACAACCUGAUGUCUGUGCUGAAGAUGAGUAUUGUUCUACCAGAAGGCUUGUUUGCAGACAGUAGUCUAGAAGUCCUUCAAAGAGAGCUGGCGUGGGAGUGCGACUACAAGAGAGAGGCGGAGAGUGCCAAGCAUUUUAAGUCACUUCUGGCGGAUGACCCAUUUUUCCACGUGCCAUUUGUGGUGGACGAGCUCUCAGGAAGGAGGGUUCUGGCCAUGGAGCUGGUGUCAGGGGUACCACUGGACAGCUGUGUGGAUCUGGAUCAGGAGACAAGGAAUCAGAUCUGCUUCAACAUCCUACAGCUGUGUCUGAGAGAGCUCUUUGAGUUCCGCUUCAUGCAGACGGACCCCAACUGGGCCAACUUCUUUUACAACGCUGAGCAGAACAAGAUUAUUCUGUUGGAUUUCGGUGCGUGCCGGGAUUUCCCUGAGGCCUUCACAGAUGAUUACGUACAGGUGGUGCACGCAGCCUCCAUCGGAGAUAGGGAGACUGUUCUGGAGAAAUCCAAGGACCUCAAGUUCCUCACGGGGUUUGAGGCCAAGGCGUUCCAGGACGCCCACGUGGAGGCGGUGAUGAUCCUGGGCGAGGCCUUCGCCAACUCUGACCCCUUUGACUUUGGCACCCAGAGCACCACGCAGCGGAUCCAGAGCCUGAUCCCAGUCAUGCUGCGUCACCGCCUCACCCCGCCCCCCGAGGAGACCUACUCCCUGCACCGCAAGAUGGCCGGCUCCUUCCUCAUCUGUUCCAAGCUUGGCGCCAAAAUUGCCUGCAAGGACAUGUUCCUGGACAUCUACAAUUCCUACCAACAGCGGCGGCUGGAGAAGGAGCAGGCUGCCCAAGUUCAGGCCUAGAUGGGGUCAAAGGUCAUUACUAGUGGUCACUCUCUGGCAGAAGUCCCAUGGCUGUGGACAAGGUUUAUUUAAGAGGGGGGUAACUGUACUACAUGGAUGAUCUACUGACUCCCAGUACUUUGACUGUCAGUGACUUGAUGCCACUCCACCACUUAAUGAGGUGGGCUGACAGUACGGAGCGGUAGGUGGAGUGUCUGCUUGUAUAAACAAACACAGAAAGAAACUCUAUGGCAUUUGUGUGAUUGAAUCACUUGAGAUUGGUGUCAAUAAUAUUUGUUUAAUGUAAAGGUAUGAAGGCUAUAUAACUGAUUUGAGCUGUGUCUC